GGGUACGUUUGUUGUUAGAAGUUAGAAUGGGAAAGUGUUGGUUUAUUGGGGUGUUGAUUGUGGUGGUGUUUGGAAGUAAUGUUGGGGUAGAAGGGUACCCAAGUGAGGAUCUAGUUGAGAGGUUGCCAGGCCAACCCAAGGUUAAAUUCAGUCAAUAUGCUGGCUAUGUUGAUAUUGAUGUAAAGAAUGGGAAGAGUCUCUUCUACUAUUUUGUUGAGGCUCAUCAUAACCCUCACAAAAAGCCUCUAACCCUUUGGCUCAAUGGAGGUCCGGGAUGUUCUUCCAUUGGAGGAGGAGCUUUUACUGAAUUGGGUCCAUUUUAUCCUUCUGGUAAUGGACGUGGUCUACGAAAGAAUUCAAAGUCUUGGAAUAGAGUUUCCAAUCUUCUCUUUGUGGAGUCUCCUGCUGGAGUUGGUUGGUCAUAUUCAAAUACAACUUCGGAUUAUAACGCUGGUGACGCCUCAACAGCCAAUGAUAUGCUUUUGUUCAUGUUGAAAUGGUACGAGAAGUUUCCUACCUACCGAUCAAGGGAACUCUUUCUUACCGGAGAAAGCUAUGCAGGACAUUACAUCCCUCAGUUAGCUACUGCUCUUCUUGAUCAUACUCGUUCAACUGGUUUCAAAUUCAAUUUAAAAGGAAUUGCUAUUGGAAAUCCACUUCUGAAUUUUGAUCGUGAUGCAUACUCAAUAUAUGAAUACUUCUGGUCCCACGGAAUGAUUUCUGAUGAAGUUUUCCUUGCGAUUCAAAAUGAUUGCCAUUUUGAUGAUUACACCUAUGCACCUCCUCAUAACGAAUCUAAAGCAUGCAAUGAUGCUUUGGGUGAUGCUUAUAAUAUUGUGAGCUCGUAUGUAGACAACUAUGAUGUGCUUCUUGAUGUUUGUUAUCCAGCCAUAGCUGAACAAGAACUCAGAUUAAAAAAGACGCUUACUAAAAGAAGUUUAAGUGUAGAUGUAUGUAUGGACUACGAACUCUUUUCAUACCUCAACCUCCCAGAGGUUCAAAAGGCUCUCCAUGCUAACCGUACCAUUUUGCCUUACCCAUGGUCUGAAUGCAGCAAUAUUUUAAAUUACAGUAGCACAGACCCUGACAUUAAUAUACUUCCAAUUCUCAAACGGAUAAUUGAAAACCAUAUUCCAGUAUGGAUUUAUAGUGGAGAUGCAGAUUCUGUUGUACCAUUAUUAGGCUCUCGAACACUCACUCGUGAACUAGCUCAUGAUCUGAAGUUCGGUAUUACAGACUCAUAUAGAGUUUGGUUCCACAAAGGCCAGGUUGGAGGUUGGGUAACUGAGUAUGGAAAUUUGUUGACAUUUGCAACUGUAAGAGGAGCAGGUCAUAUGGUACCAUUUGCACAACCUUCUAGAUCAUUGCAUCUAUUUAGUUCCUUUGUGCAGGGAAAAAGAUUGCCAAACACAACUAAACCUUCAAUUGAUUAAUGAUAUUUGUUAUGAAUGGAAAAUGAGAUGAUAAGUCUGCCAAACUAUAUAUAACAUGGAAAUAUAUAGCAGAUUAAUCUAUCAUCCGAUUAAUGAUUCUUACUAGAUUUCAAUAUUUUAUGGCCUAAAAAUAUGUAGCGGUUGAAAAAGAAAAAUUAAUAAGGAAUGUUUCCUUGUAGGCCAUUAGCAAAUUGAAUGGAAAGAAAUUAAUGAAUUGAAGGUGAAAG